UUUUUAUUUUUUUGAAUGGCAAAAUAUUAUUAUUAUUAAGACCGUAAGAAGCGGGAGAAGCGGAACUACAAAAUAAAGGCGCCGUAAAAAGCAGAACACCAAUGAAAAAGCUAAAAACUAACACCACCUAAUAGAGGUUCACUUCUAAUCCCGUUCUUAGAAGGACACUCCACAACCUCCAGACCACCAAAGAAGACCAUCAACCCGACCCAUAGAGAUACAGCUAGACUUUAACUCCCAAUCUCGAAUCAAAAGUGACCGGCCCAUCAAAAUCCAAAAAGCAACUCCGCGAGCCAAAAAUUGAUGUGUCAAACGGUAGAGUGAAAACUUAGGCAGAUAAGUCAAAGCUCGCAGUCCGCCGGCACACAGUUAACACCGAUGCGGAAGCAGACAAACCAGAUACAAAGAAAACUGCAAAUCUUAGCAGCAAAUCUCAACAGAUUUGUACGCGGUCAGAUAAUCCCAUAUCGAAGAAGGCCAAUCACACACGGCAUCAACCACCUCAACCCACCCUUACCAACAGUACAAUCCAAAAUAGAAAAACCAAGCCAAAAACUCGUGUAGAAGCAGAAAACGUCCGGCGGAAACGAAAACGCAUCCAGUGAGCUAGCCACCACCCCAUCACAACACCAACAGCCACCAAAGAACCGGCGGCGCAGUCAUCCACCGCACCACCAGCAACCCGCAGCCGGCCACCACCACCAAGAAAACGCCAGACCCGUCGCACAACAUAACCACCAAGAACACAAAACACAGCACCGCGACUGAAGCUAAUAACAAACACCAAGUGUGGCCCUUGUAACAAAGCCUCCGCCGGAACCAAACCUAAGACAAAACCACCGUGCCAGAAAAAGCACAUGCUGAAAACUACCCCCAACCAAGCACCGAAACACCAUGAACAGGCAGAGAACUUCCAGAUCUGACGCCAACCACCGCCAAAUAACCACCAUCAAAGCAAAGUAAUCCCUGAAACUUCCAGAUCUGACGCGAAAACACCUCUGUGCGAGAGCAUCGACGCCGGGGAACUGGAACCUAGGUGGUGCGGAGGGCCAAACGCUGCUCCUCGCACCACCACCUUUAAGUUUACAUCACGUUUUGGAAGGAGGGAGGUGCUGUCUUGGUGGUUUGUGGUUGUAACGUUAGAGAGAUGGAGGAGAACGAAAAGUUGGAGAGUAACACUAACAAAUCCCUCUUAGUAGUAUAUAUAAUGAGCUCACUUAUGACUCGGUCCACCAAGAAGGCCAAUUGUGGUGAUCAUAUUGAUCGAAUAAGUGACUUACCAAGUAAUGUCAUUGAUGGCAUCCUAAAAGACUUGAACAUCUCAGAGCUAGUUAGUACCAGUAUUCUGUCUAGAAACUGGAGGUAUAUGUGGAUGUCAGUCCCAGAACUUGUGUUUCGCAAAGACUUUUUCAGUAGGUUCGAGGAUCUUGAUGACCUUGGCCCUGAGAUUUCAAGAAUUAUCACAGACAUUCUUUUCCUUCACAAUGGGCCGAUAUAUAAGUUUAGUCUUGACAUCCCUUGGUUAUCCAAAAAAUUGACGAUCACAACUGAAUACCUCAAUAAGUGGAUUCUGUUUUUGUCAAAGAGGGGCAUUAAAGAUCUUCAGCUUCUGAACAAUGGAUGGUUUUUCUUUAAAAUGCCAUCUCACAUCUUCUCUUGCCAAGAACUGACUCACUUUACAUUAUCCGGAUUUAACUUGUCAGUUCCACCUAAUUUUUGUGGCUUCAAAAAAUUGUUGGACCUUUGCUUAGAAUGUAAUAUAUAUGAGUUUGGUGCACUUGAGAAUCUUAUUUCUGGCUGCCCAUUACUUGAAAAGCUCAGCAUAAUAUUGUAUGGAGAUUUGAAGUCAGUUUGUCUCAAAAAAGCAAAGAAUCUGAUUGAUCUUAGAAUCAAGAAUUAUCAUGUAAGGGGGGUAUCUGAUUUAAUCAUAAGUUUGCCAAAAAUUCAGAGGCUUACAAUGGAAUCAUAUGAGCUCUAUGCAGAUAUGAUUUCUCCAACACAGCUAACAAGCUUAAAGUAUUUGAAAUUAUAUGGUUUGAAUUUGGUUAAAAGAACAGCAGUUUUGUAUAUUGUUAGUGUACUCAAAAGUGCUUCUGACCUGGUGGAACUUGAUAUCCAGAAUGAUGGUGAACAAGAGCCAGACCAACCGGAGCAGUUAGACUUAGAAUGCAAUAGUUGUUGCCUUAGUCAACUUCAGACGGUGAAUAUCAAUAUCAGCGACACAAUCAACUUUAAACAUGCAAUGAGUUUGAUACGGUUCAUACUUGCAAAUUCCUCAUCUUUAAAGACUCUUACUUUUAAAGUUGGUUUUUGUCAUAAGAUAUUGGAUGCAGCUAUGCUGUCAAGCAUUCCACAAGACUUGUUAUGUAUGAAACGAGCAUCUCAAAGAGCACGCGUUGAAUUCCGUCAUUUAUAGAUGCCAUACCCGGCACCAUACCUAGUACUUGUUGGGUAUUUUAUUACUGUACAUGUUAAUUAUGAAAGACUUAUUUGUAAUUUUUUUUUUGUUAAAUGUUAUAAGAACCAAUUUGCAAAUUUUGAAAAUGUUUAGGGACCAAAUUUGGGAUUUUGGGUGUACCACAAUUAUGCUGAGAAACCACUCCAUCACUAUAUAUUGUUUUAGCAUUGAUGAUUGUAUUUAUAUGCAUUGUGCCUCAUUUGGAAAUCAAUCAAUUUAU